UAAAUUAAUUGGUUGACGUGAAAGUUAUAGCGUUUAGAAAUGGAGGUAUAGAUACUGGAUUUUUUUUAUUUUUACUAAUAAUGGUGGCAAUCAGCGACUUAUAGCGGGACUGCGGCUGGCAUUCUGACACGGGGGGAACUGACUUGGUUUCACUGACAUCCCCAGUGACACCAAUACAGUGAUCAGUGCUAACCAAUACAGUGAUCAGUGCUAAUGGCACUGGGCAAGAAGGGGUUAACAUCUGGGGCGAUCAAAGGGUUAACUGUGUGCUGUUUCACAUUGUGUGCUGUGUUUCACUGUAAGCACACUGCUUUGUACGGCUCUACUUUGCAGAGCCAUACAAAGCAGUGUGCAGGAGCCGUAUGAAGAGAUCU